UCCACAAUGCUAUCACCAAAGCCACUUUCUCUUUUGUGUGCACUACUUCUAAGUUUACCUCUAGUAAUUUUAUUCACCACAACAACUACAAUCACAAUCACAACGAUAACAACCACUUUUUACUCCACCAUACACACCCCUAAAAAAUCAAACCCAAACCAAACAACCACUUACUUAAGUACAACAAAAGAUGAAGAUGAAGAUGAAACAUUGUUCAUUGUAGCUAACCAAACAAAACAAAAACCAACAUGGCCAAGAAAAUUAGCUUUCAUGUUCUUAACAACCACUCCUCUAUCAUUUGCUUCAUUAUGGGAAUCAUACUUCAACCAAAUACCAAAAAAUUUAUUCAACAUUUACAUUCAUGCAGACCCCACUUUCUCUUAUGACCCACCUUUUUCUGGUAUUUUUUCUAACCGUCUCAUUCCUUCAAAACCAACAGCUAGAUUCUCCCCCACUCUGACCGCCGCGGCACGUCGAUUACUUGCACGCGCUCUCAUUGACGACAGUUCAAAUUACAUUUUUAUCCUUCUAUCUUCCUCUUGCAUUCCUCUUCACUCCUUCAAUUUUACUUACCAAACUCUCAUUAACUCAAACAAGAGCUUCAUCGAAAUUCUUAACAAUGAAACAGGAUCCCACGACCGCUGGGCGGCACGUGGACCUCACACAAUGCUCCCCACGGUAAAGUUUGAGGACUUUCGUGUUGGAUCACAGUUUUGGGCAUUGACACGUAAGCAUGCGAGAUUAGUUGUCAGUGAUGGACAAAUUUGGCCUAAAUUCUACAUUCCGUGCGUGCGUUAUGAUAUGUGUUAUCCGGAGGAGAAUUACUUUCCUACCCUUAUUAAUAUGUGGGACCCGGAGGGGAGCGUGAAUGCCACGCUCACACAUGUGGAUUGGAAAGGGAGACACGAUGGACAUCCUAGAACCUACGUGGCAUCUGAGAUAUGUCCUGAACUUAUUUGGGCUUUACGAAGAGAUAGGCCUAGAUAUGGUAACGAAAAUGUACAUGGAGAUAGUGUUGGCGGUAUAUUGAGACGGCGUGACCUAUUUUUAUUCGCGAGGAAAUUUUCCCCUGAUUGUCUACAACCAUUGAUGGAGAUGGCUGACAGCGUGAUCUUUCAUGAUUAA